AUGACUGAGGAAGAUCGAUCAAAAGAAUCUUCAGAUGCUGAAAUUAUUGUUGAUUUGCAGGCGAUUCCAAACAGUGAAAUUGUUCAAUCCUUUAGAGUGGAAGGAAUUCGUUUCCAACUGUGCGUCCCUUUUCCAACUACUUCAAUCAUUGAUAAUAAGGAUGCUGAGGUUAAUGCUUCUUAUAAUAACUUAAACAUUCGUAGAACAAAGCAGUAUGCUGCAGACAAACGACUUGAGUUUUUCGUUCAACCUACUCCCUCACCGCUGUUGGCAUUCCAUCUUUCUGGUGACGAUAAACAUUUGAUUAAUACAACUUCUGAUGCCAUUCAAUUCGAUGCUUACGCUAAUCAGAUUUUACAAAUUGUGCUUGAAGUCAAGAACAUUGGUCAAUGUCCAGUUGAAAAACUGGUGGUCUGUACGAACUGGCCUGAACAAGUUUCUGUGAGCGAACCAAAUUUACCGACUACAUCUAAUUCUGACAAUGAGCAGCGAGGUCGCUGGAUAAGCGCUCAGUUUAUUCCAUGUAGGUGUCCAACAUUCGCUGACCAGCCAUAUCCAGCAUCAUCCGAAUUUGAAGGAACUGCUUUUCUUGCUAAAUUCAAUUGUACAAAAAUCAACAAAUCAAAUCCUUUGAAAGUUGGGCAUAGAACAAGACUUCGUAUUGCACUUCGUGCUUGGCACAAUAUAAAAAUGCCAGCCGAUUGGUCGCAGCUCUUUUACUUCCUUUUUCUCUACUCUGAUGGAAAUAAUUGUAGACAAUUUCGUUUUACAAUUCGUAUUCGAACCAUAGAAAGGCUAUUUUCUUCGACGUUUCAACUAUUGAAAUCUGACGUUGGUUUAUAUCUGUUAAAACUGCAGAAUGCUGUAUCCCAAACGCUUCCUUUUACUAACGUAAAAGUGCUUCGGCUUGCUGCAUUUUAUUGCAAAUCAAAUACCUCAAAGAAAGGGGAUGAAAGCGAUGUUUUUCAAGAAGAAUUUAAUAGCCUUGCAAUUAAUGAAGAUAAGAAUAAGAGUUGGAACGAACUUGUGGAGUUAAAUGGUUGUACAUUAAUGUCAUUAACAAACACAGUUGCCUUCGAAAGUAACCAAAGUCUUUCAUUUUGUUUCUUUGCUACACCUAUUUCUCAUGCGUUUAAUGAAACUAAAACUUUGAAUGUUUGGAAUAACGAACUUUGGUUAACAAAUCAACAAGAAUUUCUUGACAUUCCACAAUGGAACUUUCCAUUAUCUUUUAUUAAAGAAGACCAAUUGGAAGAGCAUUCAGAGAGUAGUUUAAAAACUCAGCAUGAAAGAAUGCUUGCUUUGAAAAUUCUUUGGUCAGCGACACUGGUGCAGGCUGAUAAAACCUCGAAUAUGAUUUUUGGUGAGUCCUUUUUGCUUUCUGAUGCUAUGACAAAGGAUAAUGAGACGUCCGGUGAUUGCGGUACAUUUUUAGAGAAAACUUGA